GGCCCUAGAACAAACCCAGCCUCCUGUGCAACCGGACUUGGCCUUGUGAGACCCGCGAUAAAGGAGCUGCGUCCGGAAUCGGGGAUCCCCAAGGCCUGCACCGCCUGCCUUGUCCCUGCCGUGCUCAUCUUUGGGCUCCAUCCGCCCUGCCUUCACUCUGAGUCUUGAACCCCAGCCUUUCCCUCCUUUCUGUCCAGGUCUACCCAAUUUAGCAUCGCAGGUCCUCAGGUUCUAGGUCAUCCCUCCCCCUUUUCCCAUCGCUUCAGCCUCACUCAGCCUUUGGCCGACCUCUGCUAACAUGGUCCAACCCCAGACGUCAAAAGCUGAAACCCCAGCCUCUGCUGCCUCCACCAAUGCCCAAAUGGAUGACGUCAUCGACACCCUAACGUCCCUGCGCCUCACCAACUCUGCGCUGAGGCGGGAGGCCUCCACCCUCCGGGCAGAGAAGGCCAAUCUCACCAACAUGCUGGAGAGCGUGAUGGCAGAGCUGACCCUGUUACGCACCAGGGCUCGGAUUCCGGGGGCGCUGCAGAUCACCCCGCCCAUCUCAGCAAUUACCUCAAAUGGGGCCCGACCAAUGACCACGCCUCCAACCUCUCUGCCUGAGCCUUUUUCUGGAGACCCGGGCCAGCUAGCAGGGUUCUUGAUGCAGAUGGACAGGUUUAUGAUCUUCCAGGCCUCCCGCUUUCCUGGCGAGGCGGAGCGGGUGGCGUUCCUUGUGUCCCGGCUGACCGGGGAGGCAGAGAAGUGGGCGAUCCCCCACAUGCAACCUGACAGCCCCUUGCGAAACAACUAUCAGGGGUUCCUGGCAGAGUUGCGGAGAACCUAUAAGUCUCCGCUCCGGCACGCGCGGCGCGCGCAAAUCAGGAAGACUUCUGCCUCCAAUCGCGCAGUGCGGGAAAGGCAGAUGCUGUGCCGCCAACUGGCCGCCACGGGCACGGGGCCCUGCCCGGUGCAUCCAGCCUCCAGCGGGACUAGUCCAGCUCCGGCCCUGCCCACCCGAGCACGGAACCUCUAAGAACCGGCCACCGCCCUGGUCGCAUCUGCAGCCACCAGGUAGCAUACCCCCUUUGCCGCGCAGAAGAAAUGCCCCUACAGCAGCGUCUCCUUGUUGGAAGACGCCCCUUUCUGCCUCUCCAGAUCUGUUCCAGAAGAUCUUCCUUCGUACUCUUGGGUGCCCUGUUACCCACCUCGCUCGCUGCCUAGUGUCCCCGCUAGAUUUGUACCCACGCUUCAGUGCAUGCAUUUCCUCUCUCUCGCUUGCAACCCCGGCUCUUCUGGCGACCACAGCUCUGGUACUCAGUCACACCGACUCCACACUACUCUGGGGACCAUUUGGGCUGACGACCCCUGCAGCCUGACUAGGUUCACAGAUGCCCCCUAUUCCUCCCUGUGCAGACCCCACGGCAGCUCCUCGCCGUGUUCCCUGUCCUCACUGAUGACAGAAAGAAGCUCCUUUGGUCAGGCCAGCGGCUUGAUGUGGGGACCUGGAAAGAGGAGUCUGGCUUCCCACCCAUAGGUGAUCAGCAGCUCUUCCAGGGCCCAGUGUAGCAGGCAGGGGCCUCGUCCCUGCUGGGGGCGUAGUUCUAGCAUUGGGGCCAGCUUCACUCUGCGUGCAGUAGGCAGUCAGUACGCCCACUGUUCCCCCUGGAGAGGAUGUGCUGGUAGCGGGGAGCUCCUGGAGGAUGCACCUCCACUGAUGCCUGGCGUUAGCUGCCAGUGUUCUAAUGGCACCAGGAAUUUCGGGGAUCUGGAACUUGCCUGCCAAAGAAGGUCAUCAUGACUAUGGACCUGGGCAGUUCCAUCGAGCCGCUACAGGCAGCGCAUUUGUUCACUGAGACCCAUUGCAGGCCGAGGGGUGGACGCCAGUGGCUCCUUUUGCUGCCCUGGGCCUCCAGUAGGAAUCACCACGAGCUACUAGCGUGCAUCACCCUGUGCCAUGGUGGCGGGCCUUGUCUGGUUUGAGACUUGUUCCCUCCUCCCGGUGACAUGUGGCUUUCACAUGAGCCCCUCGGCCACCCACACUGUCUCUAGGUUGCCAGAGCCUCCCCAUAGCGUGCCCUCCCUGUGCGGGGCUGUCCGUCAGCUGCCCAGCCUUUGUCCAAGAAAACAUGGACUCUGAUAGCUGGAGGCACAGUUCCUCCAGGAUGCACCCGUAAGCAGUUAAGGCUGGGGGUGCUGGCCUCUGGCCACCAGGGCUGUGUGGCAUUUGUAAAGGAAAAGAGCUGCAGACGACCUCUGUCCUCGUGUGGUGACAGUGCAGAACCGGCACCUGUGUCCUAAUUCUGAGGGACAAGUUACACCUCUUAGUGGUGGAUGGCCUUGUGCUUCCUCGCGGGGAAUGCCCAGAAAUCACCUUCUAAAUGAGACUUGGCCAAACCCUUUGGAUGGUGAUGCUCCCGCCAUAUUUCAAUGUCAAAUGAACUGCAUUUCCGUGACCACCUGGACAAUGAGGAGGAAGGGGUGUAUGACCGUGGGCUCAUCCGCCCCAUCCCUGAUGGUCCUGGCUUGACUGCGGAAGGACAGACUCUGCACCCACCCAAAGACAUGUCUGGGGAUGCCCAGGGCUUGGGUCCGAGGACCCAUGCUUACUUCCCUAAGAGUUUUGACGAUGCUGGGAAAAGUGACUGCGUUCCUGAAGUGACCACUGCCUUGCAAGGUCAAGGAUAUUCAGUGGUUGCUGGUAUUCGUGGCUCACUGUCACCCGCUAAUUGUAAACUCUGUUAGCCCGCUCGCCCGGCUGAACAACUGCCUGAAUACAGGCCACGGGUCCCCCCUGCACUCCAGCCAAGGCUGUUCAGGUGGAGGUGGCCACAGAUGCAGGGGACAGUGGCGCCUGGGGAAAAGGAAGCUGCAAUGCUAAUUGUCACCUUGGAGAUUCCCACGCGGCCCAGCCCAGCCAGGGUUAGGGGACCCCCUGUGGGAGCAGGGCAGGGACUCUGCCGUCUCAGCGACCCCUGGGUGUACCCAGGCGGUUUGUAGAAAUGCUGUGUCUGCGUUAGGCUCUGGUUUCUGUCAUGUUGCUUACCGGGGCCAGAGCCAGUGGGCCGGGGCUGGCCAUGCCACCUGCCGGUCCUCAGCCGUGACCUGGCCCUUCGCAUGUGGGUUGUCACGCCUAUCCUGGGCUGCAGCUCUGGCUUUAUUUGGCUUGGUGAUUUGGUUGUGUUUUGUCUUGGCGCCUAUGUUUGUGGGCUUAGGACUGGAGCUGUUGUACAUCUGUGCCCUUGACCGCUGCCUGCAACUUUGGAAAGGAGCAGAUGAGCCAGGCUCAGGGUGUGGCCCCCACACUGGACUCGGAAGAAGCUCCACCCAGGCAGGCCACUGGCUCCAGUAGAAGACACCCAGUCCCCAGCUCAGCAGGGUGGGACCGGAGCUCCAUGCGGCCCAGAUGGAGGCCACGGUGACUGGGAGGGUGAAGCCGAAGAAGGAAGUGGGGGAGGGGAGCUGCCUUGUACAUACUUCGGGGUUAUAAUGUCUCUCAAUUUAAGGGAACAGGUAUCGGUUUCUAAAAGGCACAGGCAGGAGCGUUCAGCUGCGUGUGAGGGACAGUUUUGUGUUGUCCGUGGUGUUGAGAUUGGCUGCAUUGUGACCGCUUCCUGGUCCCCACCAUACCCAUGUGGUAAGUAAGCUUCAUUGCGUAACAGGGCGUCAUUUGAGGUGGGAUUCAGAAAAAGGGGUGACUUCCUGGCCCGAUAGCAGUGUGACCUUGGGAUUGACUGGGUGUCCUAAAGUACUCAAUGACUUCUAGGAAAAAGCAAGCAAAGACCCAUUUUGUUGGUCUCAGGUAAGUCUCCGCAGAGUCAGUCAGAACGAGGAAUGCCCAUGAGGGUGCAGGUGAGACUUUCCUGAUGCACGAGCUUCUGGCGUCAAGCGAGGCGGAACCAGCCCCUGGGUGACCACGGUCCCAGCAGUUAGGCCCGGAGGAGAGUGAACAGUUCUGGGGGGAGCUGGGCGUGUGCUUCAGGCCGCCUUAAGGGAGCAAGGCCUGCAGUUGUAUAGAAGGACGCACGCUGCGGCCACCCAACGGGAGUGGAGCUUUUGGCGGGAAAAGGGACGCCAUCCUUGCAGAUGUUCCGUUUGCAGCCAGAGCUGCAAGACUGAGGUCACCUCUGCUCCGGAAGCAUUAGAUUAGGAGCCUAGAGACGGUGGCAGGAGGUAGGGCCCUGGGGGCGGAGGCACGGGGCAGACUGGGGGGCCAGUGCAGGGUGAAGGCGGGGUCCCCUGUCAUCUCAGGGUCACAACGCCUGGUGUGGUGGCGGUUGGCACAGCACAGACAGAGCAGAGACGGGAGGAACCCGGCUCCUCACUGCAAUGACACCGCGUCAGCAAGUUAUAACCUACUAGGUCUUCUCGGCAAACCUACUCAUUGUGGACAUUUUGGAAAAAGUAGAAGAAAGAGAAGAGUGAAAUUUAACUUUUUGGUGUUUUUCCUUCCAGAUUUCUCCCCUCCUAUAGUAUUACUAAUUUUAUUUUGAGAUGGCCGUGUCCUUCCAUCACGUCGGGGGACAGCGGUGGGGGAUCACUUUGCUGUUACUAAUUACUCACUGUUAGAAAUUAAUGAAGAUCUUAUUGCAAAAAGCUCUUUCCCAGUGUCCCAUUAUGUCUUUCGGGUAGAUUCUCAGAGGUGGGACUAUCGAAUUAAAAUAUAUGAAAUAUGAAAACCGUUAAGGCUCUUACUAUGCAUGGACAAAACAUAAUAAGAAUAUGCAGUUACACUGCCACCAGCGAGGAUGGAUGUGCCCAUUUUACCAUCUCGCCAGCACUGAGUCUCGUCAUCUGGCUAAAUUUUUGCUAAUUCGAUAAUGAAAAAAAAAAACAGCAUUUUGUUUUAGUUGGCGUUUCUUUGAUUUCUAGCAAAGUUUUAACACCUUUUCACGUUACGCAGUUGUAUUUCCUCUCGUGGAUCGUCACAGUGUCCUUUAUCUACUGGGGUCUGAUAAAUUUGUAUGAGCUCGUUAUAUAUUAAAGAUAUUAAACUGUUGUGCGUCA